AUGUUCCACCUACUGACUUCCUCCUGGUCUUGGCUAAAGACAACCGAAGAGACACGGAAAAUGAACAUCAUCGUCAUUGGCUUGGACAACUCUGGAAAAACUGUUCUUGUGGAGGCAGUCCAAAGAUUAUUUCCCAGUAGGACAGACGAUUGUACAAAAUUGAAACUGACUACACUCCUCUUCGAUGAGUAUGAAGUUUGCUUCUGUGACCUGAAUGGAGACCUGAAGAGCCGAGAAAUGUGGCCAAACUACUAUGCGCAGACACACGGGAUUGUUUUUGUUGUGGAUUCCAGUGACUUGGGACGCAUGCAAGAAGUGAAGAUCAUCUUAACACAUCUUCUGACUGAUAAAAGAGUGGCAGGGAAACCCUUCUUACUCCUGGCAAACAAACAAGACAAGAAAGACGCCCUCCUGCCUUCAUCUAUUAUUGAAUAUCUACUACUGGAAAGGCUAGUGAGUGAGAAUAAGUCCCUAUUCCGAGUGGAGCCAUGUUCAGCCAUCAGUAACUUCCAAAGGAAGAACAAUCAGCCCAUGAUUGAAGGAUUGCACUGGCUAUUAGCUGCCAUUGGGGAUAAAUAUGAAGAACUGUAUACUCGCCACCAGAUGCCCAACUCAAGCAUCCCAAUCUUCAAGAACACUAGAGGCUCUGGAGAAAGCUUCUCAACCAUAAUGGGAAUGUCCAAAAAGAAAAGAAAGCAUUCAGGACAAUGCACAGUAGAAGCUAGCCUCCUAAAGCCAAUCCUACAGCCAGCAAAUUAA